AUGUCAGGAAAUUCCACACAUGAUGGUCUUUAUUUAAGUGGAGACGCUAUCGUUUUGUACUUGAUGUCAGUGUUAGGGGUACUGGCAAACGCUUUCGCAAUUCUGGCCUCAGCCAGACUAUUACAGCGACAGCCUCUCAGCCCGAAUGUGUUUGUACUGGGUUUGUCGUGCGUGGACCUUAUCUCGAUAACACUGUUCUCAAUACCAUCCUGGAUUUGUUACACAAACAGUCAAUGGAUAGGUGGAAAGAGACUUUGCGAUUUCCAAGGUUUCGUGUUUCUGUUCUCAACGCUUUGUUCGGCGUUUUUAGCCAUGUCCAUGGCUGUGGACCGUUACAUCGCCGUAACAAGGCCGUUUUUUCACCGCAAAACCAUGACGGUUAACAAAGCGAAAAUUCUUCUUAGUGUCACAAUUUCAGCAUCUUUAAUCGUCUCUCUUUUCCCGCUCUGUUCGUUUGGAAGCUUCGUGCAAAAUUUGCGAGGGACUUUCUGCACUGUUAAUUGGUUUCCUCAGAACGCUUCCGACCGCGCGUUUUGCGUUUUUUACGCCGUUCUUGGAGGACUACCUGCCACUGUGGUCUUGUUUUGCAACAUAACGGUUAUCUGGGAACUUUUUAGGAGCAAACAAAGACGAAUUUCUGUCACGAACAUGAUUGUACCCGGAGUUAACAGACGUGCUAUGUAUCCGGCUAAGGGUUCAGAGCGUGUUGAAGACACGGAAAAACAAUUUUCAAGAACGAUGGUGCUAAUUUCAGUGGUAUAUCUCUUGGGAUGGAUCCCUUUUACGGUAAGAAAUGAGUACUAGAAAUCAGUCAUGAUUCAUCACUUUUUAUAGCUUAUGCAGUUUUGUGGCAAGGGAACCAAGCAACCUGGCCCCAGUUGUUCGAAAGCUGGAUACAGCUAUCCAGUGGAUAAAUCUGUAUCCAGUGGAUAAGUAUUAGGGAAACCAAUUGCACUAUCCACUGGAUAGAGAUUUAUAUGGUGGAUAGCGCUAUCACCUUUUCAACAACUGGGGACUGCUCUUCAUGCAACAGAGCCGCAAAUUUGUCCGACUGUCAUCAUGACACGAACACGAAUGGAAAUUAAUACUCAAUGGUUGAGGUAUUUAAACGUCAUUGUCCGGCAAAGUAUUAAUACUUUAUUAUCCGGCAUCCUACACUUUAUCACUGGCACCAUGAAACAAGGCAUAGAACGCAACGUAUGGCUUAACCGGUACAUAGCUUGUUAGAACAGAAAAACAAACAUUUUUCCUUAUACUCGAUUCACAGAUCGGGGAGUCAAAAGGGAUGCAUUUGCAAACUAAGGAUAAAGUGAUCUGUAAGAGGGAAAAGCAACCGCGUAGCUUUCAGCUAAGUCAACAAAUAAACAUCACUUUCAGAGUAGAGCAUUUGAGUGUCAAAUAACCAAAGCCUUUUUAAGUUUGUUCAGUGUUCUACGGCCUUGGCACUGUAAUCCGACGACUUUUUAUUCACAUUUUUUUCUUUACUCUCUCCUUUCCAAAAACGAGGGUGGGUUGGAAUUACCUUUCGCUAAAAAGAAAAGUCUCAACUGAUUUCGAGAUACACUAGGAUGAAUAUAUAUAAAGACAAAAAAUUGCAACUAAAACUUCUCAGUUGUCAUAAUCAUCGCGAAAUGUGCUAGGACACUUUGCGGAGCGAUUAACUUGGAAAUUUAGUCUUAAGAAGUCUUAAUUCACCUCGUACAUCAUACCCUCCUACACAAAUUUUACCCUUGCCGCAAAAAGGCACCUAUGCAAAUAUACGAGUCGAGCGCUUCAGAGACUCCAGGGAGAAUGGGUACAAGCUUUGGGUCUCUACUCCAAGGAAGGAAAUAAUGUUUGGAGAUCAGAGUGAUUUUAAUUUUACCUUCACAGAUCAUCGUUUGAUUUUCAAGUUCUUCUAGAAGGAAAUACUUUUAAUUUUGACAUUUCGUUACUUCAACACCCGUCUCCCGUAUUUCAAUCAGCGUAACGCUCUUUCAUCAUCGAUCACGAUAACUUGAUCGACACUGCAAUGCAACUCGCCAGUGUACACGGGGAUCAGCUACUAGAGCGCUUGCGCACAAAUCUCUCAUUAAAUAGGCCAUUUCUGAGUUCCUCCGAGCCUCUGUAUCAAAACGAGGUUGAGUGCUCAGCCUUUGAUAUGGAAAUGAUUUUCAUUCUCAUGCAAAUAAAACUCAUUCUCACAAGAAAGAUUGUGCACUUGGCCUCAUUUUGAAAGUGACGGUGUUAACGGAACUCUGAAGUGGCCUAUUGUCUUGCCUCGAAAGCUUAACGUGAUUGCCUCUCUGCCCACCGAGCUGUAUGGAAGUCAAAUUUUCCCUAAAUCAGUACACAGUUUGUCGUAAUAACGCUGAAAAAAGAUCACGGUUACGAAAACAGGCUUCCUUAUUAAUGAAAGCAGCAUAAAUGUUGUGGUUCAAUUUUAUCCUUGGUUUAAAUUUUAUUUACCUUUCUUUUAAACUCAUUAAUAUACAUCACCAUACUCUAAAACAAAGGACAAUAAAAUUUAAAUCAAGGACAAAAUUGUGGCUUAGCAGAGUAGCAGAGUAUAGUUCACCUAAGUGGAAACGAUAAAGAGACGCAAACCCCGAUGCACUGCAAAGAUACCGUCUUUGUCGUUUCGUUUUAUUCUGCUUAACGCUUAAUGUUGAAGCUGUUAUUUUCUAGGUUCGUCUGAUCGGUAACGCCUUCUACAACUGGCGAAACGGCUUUCAAGAUCUUCUUGUGUGUUUACUUUUGCUGUUAAACCUAAUCGCUGAUCCAUUUAUGUACGUUUUAACAAGAAAACAAUACCGUAGAGUGCUUAAGUUGAUGCUUACGUGCAGAUGCAAGGAAAGGAUAGACCAAGUGAAGCCCUUAAUAAACCACAGGUUAGAGAAAAUGAGUACGAACAUUUUCUAUUGACUUUGACCGAGUGAUCAUAUUUAUAGAGAAUUGGUCAUUAUGAGGUGCGCUCGCCGGAGACUGGUCAGCGAUGUCUGCCUCCUCUGUGGGCGCUUCGUUUUUCGCACAGAGGCGAGCGCGAAAUGCGAGCGACUGGUGACGAAACGCAAGGGACCAUGGGGAGGCGAAAGAAGAGCGGUGAAGCACGACUAACCCGUUCUCUCUUUCCCGCCCUCCUUCACGCGCAAGUUUUCAUCGAGAGAGAGAGAGACGCCUGGGUACAAGGCAGGGUCGGUGUAGUGUUGAAAUUGACUGUGGGACUGGACUGUGCAUACGGGAUCUUUGACCUUGUAGUUUCCUGCGCAACCACGCAAUAGCCAAUAAAACCUCAAUCCAUUCCCAUGGUCUAGCUUCGAGCCGCUCGAAAGCCAAAGUAAGUAAAGAAGUAAGAGAAAGGAGUUACUUAAUAUGCUAAUGAUCCUUGUGAGUAAUAGAUUAACACUUGCCCACAAAACGAGCUACGAAAGCCGAACGUGGAGAGCUCAAAAUGAGGGCGAAGCCCGAGAACCGGGUGCAGGAGCAAGUAAGAGAACCAAAAGCGCUGAAAUUCCCUUCAACCGCGAGAACAGGAAAAAGGGCCGCUCUUCUGCAACUAACAGUGCUCUCUUUUACAAUUUCAGUCAGCACCCAAGUAUAUCAUCAGCCAGUCUGCAAGCACUCUGCUACACUGCAGGAUCCGACGAGUAUCAUCUGAACGACCUGAGAGAAAGAUUACGCAUUGCUUCGCCAUACCCAGAUAACUUUCGAGAUACAGUUCAAGACUGGAAUUCUCAUGAAAGCUCGAGCUUCAGCUAA